GGUGGUCCAGACAGUCGGUCCUUGUGUACCUCACACACUCUCAGCCUCUGCGCAUCAUUUAAGGGGAGCCCGGCUGUCGCUUCUCCCGGUCAGUCUCGCCGCCUGGCUGCGUAAUAAAAACACAACCGCUUCAGCGUUACUCCUCCACUUUUUCCUCUUCUUUAUCUCCCUGAGUCUAAAACCAACCGUUCAACUUAAACCGACUCGUACCAUCGUUAUAUGGAAAAUACGGGUCUGCCAGGCGCAUUAAUUCUCUCCUGCCCGGGAGGAAGCGCACGGUGGGAAACGUUUGAGGACUAAAGGAAAGCAGCCGAGAUUCAUGGACGUACAGCGCAUCAUGAGAAUACUACAACUACCAACAAGGGAGGACCUGGCAUGGACCGCUGUGUCUAAAUGAAGUGGUUCAGCCAUGCAAUGUUCCUGGAAGGCAGUGAUUCUGCUGGCCUUGGCCUCCAUCGCCAUCCAGUACACGGCCAUCCGGACACUUACCUCCAAGCCUUUCCAGCUGUGCCCGCUGCCCAGCCCCCAAAACUGUGGUCUGGGGGGCCAGGAGACAGAACCUCCCUUUGAGCGUGGAGCAGCAGGCGGUGGAGGCUGCGAUGACUACCCUUACUUUUCCAUCAAUGCCACACGUAAAACGCACAUACUAGUCCUGGCCACCACUCGUAGCGGCUCCUCCUUUGUUGGCCAGCUGCUCAACCAGCACCAGGAUGUAUUUUACCUGUUUGAGCCUCUUUAUCAUGUUCAGACUACACUGAUUCCACGUCUGUCACACAGCCGCAAUGCUGCAGACCGGCGUGUGAUGCUGGGCGCCAGUCGAGAUCUCCUUCGUAGCCUGUACGGUUGCGACCUCUAUUUCCUGGAGAGCUACAUUAAGCCGACGCCCACGAACCACACCACAGAUAAACUUUUCCGUCGUGGUGCCAGCCGAGCAUUGUGCCAGCAACCUGUAUGUGAUGCCUUCGGUCCUGCUGAUGUUAAUGUGGAGGAAGGGGACUGUGUCAAGAAAUGUGCGACUCUAAACAUGACCUUAGCAACGGAGGCAUGCCGUGAGAAGCGACACGUGGCAAUCAAAAUUGUCCGGGUGCCAGAGAUUGGAGAUCUACGCGCUUUGGUGGAAGACCCACGGCUGAGUAUCAAAGUCAUUCAACUUGUCAGAGACCCGCGUGGUAUCCUGUCAUCACGGAUUGAGACAUUCAGAGAUACGUAUCGCCUGUGGCGUAUUUGGAGGGCCACGGGUCGAAGACCCUAUAAUCUAGACUUGAGUCAGCUCACAGUUGUCUGUGAAGACUUCCUCAGUUCUGUUUCAACUGGACUCAGCCAUCCCUAUUGGCUAAAAGGGAAGUACAUGUUGGUUCGCUAUGAGGAUUUAGCUAGAAAUCCGCUUCUCAAGACAAAGGAGAUCUACGACUACCUGGGGCUGCCUAUGGAUAAAAAUGUGGAAGACUGGAUACAUGCAAACACUCGGGGCAGCAAUGAGCCCUCAGCUAAACACAAGUUUGGUACUGUGAGGGACUCAGCAGCUAAUGCAGAGAGUUGGCGUUUGAAACUGUCUUAUGACAUGGUAGAAUACACACAGACUGUGUGUCAGAAAGUACUUCACCAGCUGGGAUACAAGGCUGUGAAAUCAGUAGAGGAACUGAAAAAUAUGUCUCUCUCACUGGUACAGGACAAAACUUUUGUACCUUUUUUGUAACAAAGAUAGUUCUCUAAUGACUAUUUUUGAUAUAUUUAUAAUUGUUGCCUUAUAAUUUCCUUAGUUUGUUGGUUUCGUUUCUGUACUUUUGUUUCUUCAAAUUUGCACUAAACUUUAAAUAUUUUGAAUGCACCGAGGGAGCUAUGGAUGAUUCCCCAAUGUUGCAGAACAGCACACUUUAAACACAAAGUAAUCAAACAAGCUAGUUUACAAAUGUCUCAUUAUUCCGUUUGUCCAUAAAUAGAACCAAGACAAGGCACUGUCUUCGUUAAUUUACUGUAUGCAAGCUGUUUUUUCAACAAAAGUCAAAUGUUGCCCUUCGAAAACAUUGAAUGGGAGUUGUGAGGGGUUGUGUAAAACAGAGCUGUGAUUGCAAAUUUGGACUGUACAAGCCCUACUGUGCAAUAAAUAGUGAAUGUCGCAGUCAACCUUUACCACUAUGGCAUUUCUAUCCAUGUGGGAAGAGAAGAGAUACUUCUGACAGAUGCCAUGUUUGCAAAGGAUAAUUGCAGACAAUUAAUAGGCUCUCAAGUUAAGGGGACAGAAUCCCACCGGAGGUCACGAGUGUUUCAGCAGAGGAUUUACAACCAUCUGUGACAGACAAAUACACUAAUGAGAGGUAAUGCUGAAAUCUUCAUCACUUUAGCUAUUUAGAGAAUAAACCACAUUUUCAAGAUUGUUACACCAUUAAAAGCUUGGAUGUGGACAUUAUAUAGGUUCUAAUCCAAGUACACACUGAAUUCUGAUUCUGAUGUAUUUGUCAGUUUUAUUUAUUACUUAAUUUAUUUUUUCAUUUGUGAAGUUCUUUAAUUCUAAAUCAUUCAAAGUGUGACAUUUACACUGCCUUUUCUGUCUUCAAUUAAAACUGUUUAUGCCAUUGUCAUUCACUGAUAGUGAGACAUUACAGCACUCAAGUCAUCUGAUAAGUAUGAAAACAGAAGACACCCAAGAACAAAAAUAGCAUAUGCAUUCUCUCAAAUAACACAGCACUUUGACAGUUCAUGCUGGAUCUAUCAUUAUUUUCAACAUAAAGGAUUCGUAACUGAGGAAGAUAUGUCUUAGUAGAACAGGUUGCACUGCAGAUUCCAAUUUUUCCAAGAUGUGUGGAUAGUUUAAUACUGUACAACACUACCACAUUCACAAAGCAUAUCUACAUUAGAUAACAUAUAAAAAGAGUAUUACAGUAAUGACCAUAAUCUGGGAAAAAUCCUCUGAACAUCACAGCAGCAGUUGGCAUGCUGUUUCAACCUGGAAAUGUUAAAGGGUAGAAGAUCAAGGCUGAGAUACAGUACACCACAGUCAUGUAAAGUGAUGUGUCCUUUUUUUGUCCUACUCCUUAAAAUAAUGUUAAACACACUGGACAGUUGCCAAAGCACUGAACACAAUGUUAUUUAUUUUUAUUUAUUUAUGAACAGAAGCAGGCCUUUGUUUUUCCAAUCCAAUUCACAUAACAUUCCUUAACUCAAGCACAAGAUAUAAUUGAAAUAAUUGCCCAAAUUAUUUUAUUAUUAAAUUAAUUAAUCGUAUUAUAAGCUUUUGUAAGUUUGUUAUUGAUGGACUCUUUGACUAUUAUUGCUGCAAAAUAAAUAUGUAUUUAAGACCCCCAACUGGCACAAAAAGCAAUGUUCUGGUAAACAUUCCCUCAGUGGGUUUAUAUUUGACAGCAUGUUUACCAGAUUUUGCAGUGGUUAGUUUGGCUAACUGUCUUCCCAGUUAGUGUGCAGAAUACAGUAAUCAUUUCAUGCUGUGCACUGUAUGCAGCAGCUUAAACCGAAUGUCGGUUUGCAUUAUGUAGCACAGAAACUGUCAAGGAUGUGUGCAUAAAACACUGCUGCACCUAUAAAAUGUAGAGUAAACACCUUUCAGAGUGAUAUCAGUAAACACACUGCACAGCGUAUUGCAUUUAAGACUAAGACAGGGCAGAUUCUCAGUUAUAGCAGGGACAGAAUGAAUUGUUGCCAAUUCAUUGGCAGUAAAUGUCAGUUUCCAGAAAUAAGCUAAUGUAUAAUUAGAUACAAAAAUGAUUCUAGUUUUAAGAAUUGCCGUCAUAUCAGGAGACUUUAGCUGUGUUAAAUUCCUUUUAGUGACACUGUAGGAUGAUAUAGAUCUGCAGGUGUACUAUGAGUAGAUCAAAGUAAUCUGUCCUUAACACUGAUAAAAAAAAAAAAAUUUCAGUUUAGUUUCUAAUAUCCUUUACUUUUAAUUUUGAUUUCCACAAAUGACAUCACUGCAGAUAACUGUAUAGUCAGAUAACGUGGCGCAAAGACGUCCAUUGAAUUCCAUGCAAUGACCACUUGUUUACCCAUAAGAUAUCAGGCCUGUGAAUGGAGCAUCACACACCCGGGCUCAUCAGUAUUGGUGACCGGAUGUCCAUUGUGAUGCAGAGCACAAACCUUUGAUCCUCCUCUGUGCCGAGGCUUGGAGGCAAAACUCCUUCUCUCUCCCUCUCCCUCUCACUGCCUGUGCUUUCUCCAUCAUCCACCUCUUUCUUUCUUACAGAGAUCUCAGGGGAUUGUUCUUUUGCUUCAGUGCUCACUCUCUGUUUUUCACUUUACCUCUGAAUCUUCUAGAUGUGCUUGGCAUACUUUCAAUUUUAAAACUGGAAAACGCUGCAAAGCUGCGCUUGAGUACAUGCCUAGGAUUUCUUUUCAAUUAAAGGACUAGUUUAACAUUUUGGGAAAUAAGCUUGUUUGCUUUCUGUCUGAGAGUUAAGAGAUUGAUACCAUUCUCAUGUCUGUAUGUUAAAUAUGAAGCUACUAUUAGCAGCUGGUUAACUUAGCUCCCCAAGACUGGAAACAGGCAGAAACCACUAGCCCAACUCUGUCUAGCGGUAACAGAAUUCACCUACCAGCACCUCUAAAGCUCAUUAAUCAACAUAUUGCAUCUCAUCUAUUCAUUAUGUGCAUAGACUGAAGCUUAAAAACGUUAGUUUGCCAAUUUACCAGGGGGUUAUGUACCAGACGAUUUCUUGUUCCUCUAGCUUCCCUGUUUCUCAUCUUUGUGCAACCUCUAAGCCAAUGAGCUGCAGUAUGCUGGUUCAUAUUUACUAUACAGACAUAAGAGUAGUUUCAGUCUUCUCAUCUAACUCUGCCCGAAUGCACAUAAGAAUAUUUCCUAAAAUGUUAUAUUCUUUAACAAAAAAGAAAAAGGAACACGUCAUAGAACGCUUCCAAGCUGUUGUAUGACUGUCUUCCAGUCUUUAACCUGUCCAUUGUGCCAGUAAAUCUAUCUUUAUGGGCUUUAAUGUAUUCAAGAAUGAAUCAGAAACUCCUGCGUCUGAAAGCUAAACCUGGACUGUGUUUUUGCUGUGUCAUUUAUAUCUCAUUUACAUAUUGUAAAAUAAUGAGAACUAACAUCAUUGGACAGCUCAUCAAUUGUGCUGCAGUUGAGUGAUAUUCAAGCUGAGCAUGCACACUUCUGAACUGAAGCUUUCAAUUAAACUCAACUUGGCUCCUUGUUUCUAA